AUGGAAACCUCCUCCCUGCAGCUGGCAAUGCGACAGAAAAUCACGGGCUUGCAGGCUCGCAAACUCGCAGCCAGCCACAAACCAACCGUUUCGCUGAAUGCGGAUGAGGACCCUGAAACUCAUCUUCUCUCCCGUUUUACGACCGUACAUGGGGCGGCCGCUUUCAUUUCAGUACGCAUGGCUUUCGGCUGUCUGAGUCGUGCCGUUAAUGACAGGACAAGCGAUUCAUACCCAAGGCACAACUCUAACAGCCACUCUCAUUGCACCGUAGGCGCGAAUUCCGCUGGUCGCUUUCCGCAGACGAACUCGUUGCCUGAACAGCCAAUGUCAUGGCAGCAUUCCCCCCUGAAGCGGCUAUUCCCGUUCAGUCAGGGCGACGGGACUCGCACCUCCUGGCCCCUGCUUGAGGGCUUGAAGGCUUGA